AUGGGUUGUAUGUCUUCUAAAUUGGUCGAGGGUUCCGACCUGAAACGCGAGCCAAAUCAAAAAAGAACGAGUAAGUCCAUCCCCGAAAAGGUGUCUGGAACAAACAAACCCUCAGAAACCAGUAAAUCUAAGGACAAAACAAAGGAUAAAAAGGCAACUAGUGGUUUUGGAAAAACUAAGUCAUCAGAAAUCAGUAAAUCUAAGGACAAAACAAAGGAUAAAAAGACAACUAGUGGUUCUGGAACGAAUAAGUCAACCAGGGGAUCAAGCACAAAGAAGUCGACCAGUGAUAAAACAGGUAACACUAGAAGUGAAGGUAAAAAAGAGGGUGGAAAGGAGAAGUCUAGCAAAUUAAGAGACACAAGUGCCAGUAGAAGCGCAACCAAAGAUAAAAGCUCCAGGACUAAGGACAAAUCAACUAAACAGGGGAAUAGCAAGUCCAGAAUCAGUGGCGACAAAGGACACAAAAGUAGCAGUGACAAGAAAAGUAAAUCAGAGGCACGAUCAAAUUACGCAAAAAGCGGAAGCAACAUCAAGAAAUCAGCAAGCUUGAGGGGACCUGAGGGCAAAACAGGGGGAGACAAGGCCGCUCCCAAGAAGAAGGUGAUCAAUUUCAUUCCUCCGCCCCGAACCAAUAAACCCAGAGUCAACAGCUUUGACGAAAAGCCCAUAUCACAGGCGAAGAACCUAUCAACAAAGAGCUGGUGGGAGGUAGAGUACACAGGCCACUCAUCAUUCAAAAGGGAUGGUGGAAGCCCAGAACGCUUUCUCAACGACGGAGCAACUCUACACAAGUUCCCAGAUCAACUAUCACGUGGAAACGGUUACGGUGCUGGAAACGUGAACGGUGCCUACCUGGCGGGAGACAGGGACGGGCUUGUGGACGAGUCUAAUGAUGACAGCCACAACGCACAGCGGUUUCAGUCAAAAGUAACCAGCCGUGGCGAAAACGAAAAGUUUAAACCGGUUGGCGACGAUUUCAGGAAUUCCACGGACUGCAACGUCGACGGCUCAGUGAAGAUCGAUGUUCCGUUCUGUGACGAUGAGGAUGACACCCCUCACGGGUCUCGAGGCGGUUCCAGGAGGGGCGGGUUUCCAGACUGCUCUCCACUGACGAAGGGGGCCAAAGCGAGGCCCUUCGGAUUCCAGGGCGCAAAUGACGACACCAUUUUGAGCCACUCAUCGUUUUCACGGGGCGAUUCCUCCACGUCAUCUUUAAACGGGAAGCGCAUGGAUGACGAGUUUGGCGAUUCAAACGCGCUCCCCUCCAGGUCGACAAACGUGCCCUUCAGGCAGUCCCAUCAGGGAGAGCAAGACGCGGAGGACGGUGGCCCACUCGUCAGUGCCAACGCUCCCCCAAGGCCCAAGUUCAAGAGGCCUCUGCCACUGAAGCGAGGCGCUGGAAUGAUUUACAGGAAGGCGACACCUCUAGUCAAGUCGCCCGAGGUGGUGAUCAAGGCCCUCGUGGACAGAAUAGUGAGUUUGGAGGACUCCAAGUUCAACGAGCACUCGAAGGCUCAAAAGGAGCUGAUUGGGCAAAUCCUGAAGUCGCCGGACGUGUUCGCCAGACUCGACGUUCAGGCGGUGCUGAAGGUGGCCCGGAAGAUCGUCGAGGUCGCCGGGGGAAACAGGACCAGCCUCGCCAGGAGCUCGCUCAUCUGCCUCGGCCACUUGUUCCGCAUCUUCCAGGGCACGCUGAACCCGGUCGUCGUGGACGCGAUGCACCUCUGCGCCAAAAAGGGCGUCUCGAGCUCCCCCGAGCACCUCGUGGUGGCCAGCAACUUCUGCAUGGCCUCCAUCUGCGCGAACUCGCUUGAGCACAAGGUUGGGUCGAUGCUGGUCUCACUGUACCGAAGAAACCACUGCACUUAUCCUGUUUGUCUGCUGCACACUACUGUUGCGCAACUCAGCAGGGCCCAUCACAUAUUGUCUCUCAGUGGCAUGGUCGUUCUCGUGGACAGGAUGCGGGAGGACAUGGCGAGGCUCAAGUGCAUCGACGACAUCGUCGACUGUGCUGUCAAGGGCACCAGUACUGGCGGCGUUCCCUCUAGAGUGGCCUCCAGGAACAUACUUGGCAUAAUCGACACUUACUCUGAGCUGGACCGCCACUUAAACGCCUGCAGGUGCCCUGAGAUCACAAAGGUUUUCAUAAGGCAGGUGUUGACCAAGUUCAGCGACGACUCCAAGGACGCGUUUGUGGAGGAAUUCUCGAGGAUUGUACCGCUCUAA